AAAAAAGAUAAUAAAAGUCAUUAAUUCUUAUAAAAUUACCCAGUAUUCACAUUGAAAGUUAGCAGUUAACAAUAUGAAACUGUACGUUAUCGGUGUAGCAUGCAUAAUUGGUUUGAUCACUUUACAAGCAUCUGGCGUUGUAAUUAAUUUACCUGAUGAUCAGUUCCGUGAAUUUUUAAAGUCGAAAGGAAUACCUGAUGAACAAAUACAUAAAUACUUAAAUUCGAAAGGAAUACCUGAUGAACAAAUACACGGAAAACAAAUAAUCCAUGACGAUGAAUACCUAAAGUCGAUGGAAAUGUAUAUAAAAUCCAAACUGGAAUCGUUGAAUGAAUAUUUAAAGUCGAAAGGAAUUGGCAAACAAAUCACCGAUGAAGAUAAAUAUAGAAAAACGCUGGAAAUUUAUUUAAGGCCAAAACUGGAUUCGUUGAAUAAAUACUUAAAGUCGAAAGGAGUUAACAAACAAUUCACCGAAGAGGAAUUCUACGGAAUGCUAUUUGACAAGGACAGCGAUAUCCACAUAAUCCACAAUAAGCCAACUACACAACCAGUCAAAAAAGACAACCAGACACAUCACACACAGAAGAACCCUACUACACAACCAGUCAAAAAAGACGAUCACAAAGAACAAGAAAAAAAGAACCCUACUACACAACCAGUCAAAAAAGAUGAUCACAAAGAACACCAACAAAGUUCAACAAUUGAACGUAGAUUGCCAAAGCGAAAUAACAAUGAAACAUUAGUUGGACCGUUUUCGUUAUCUAAUAUUUUGUUCUUCAACAAACCCUUUGUUCCCUUGUGGAUAAUAAAGAAGUUCUUCCAAAUUUUGGGACAUUUACUAGAUGAUAACUAUGCUGAACUCGAGGCACCAACACACUAUUACGAUGCUUCAAUAUGA